AUGUCAAGGCUUCAUAAAGACUCACGUAAUGGGAAUAGUCCUCCAAAUACAUCUUUGAAACAGCGAAGUAAGGAAGAAGAAUUGAAACAGGCAAACUAUGACCGUGGGGAGCUGAGGAAAAAGGGAUGUGUGCAGCUUGGCGUGGGCUUGGACAUUCAUUUUUCCUCACGUGGACGUGCAUUCCCAGGGGCCCUGAAACAGUCAGAGAAAAGGGCACUGUGUCUCUUGGCAUCACUCAACCUGACCCAAGGGGCAGGUUCACCCCGCUCCUCGCCCAGCCACACCAUCAGCCGACCCAUCCCAAUGCCUAUCAGAUCUGCCUCUGCCUGCUCCACACCCACCCAUACGCCUCAGGACUCUCUGACUGGGGUGGGAGGAGAUGUGCAGGAAGCCUUUGCACAAAGUGCAAGACGAAACUUAAGAAAUGAUCUGCUGGUAGCAGCAGAUUCAAUCACCAACACAAUGUCGUCUUUGGUAAAAGAACUAAAUUCUGAAGUGGGCAGUGAGACAGAAAGCAACGUGGAUUCUGAAUUUGGACGAACUCAUUUUGAUGACCUUGUUCCAUCUCCAACAUCUGAGAAGGCUUUCCUUGCACAGAUCCAUGCCCGGAAGCCAGGGUACAUCCACAGUGCUGCUGCCACUGGAUCCAUGCGCAGUGACAUGGUUACAGAAGACGGAGAUCCUUUUGUCAGAGCAGAUGAUGAAAAUUAUGAGAAUGAUUCUGUCCGCCAGCUGGAGAAUGAACUGAAGAUGGAAGAGUACCUGAAGCAGAAGCUGCAGGAUGAGGCAUACCAGGCAAGCUGCAGCCAGACAGACAACGAGAGCUACGUAAGAACUGAUGAUGAGGAGAGCUGCUUUCGGACAGAUGAUGAGGAAAGCUUAGCUGCAAACUUCACAGAAGAAUGGAACCAAGAGGUGCAGCGUCUCUUGACAAAAAAAUCACAUAACUAAGUUCUGAGGACUGUAGCACAGUACUUUUGUUCUAAGAGUUGUAGUUUGUAGAUGUGUGUUUUGACAAAAGACUUUCGUUUAAAGCUAACUUAUAUUAGCUACAUCUUCUGUAACAUGGCUCAUUACCAGUGAAGAAUACAGACUGAAGUGCAUACUGCUGUUACAAAGGAUGGCAGUAUUAAUAACUCACAUAAACCCUUUGCACAUGAUAUUGAACCUGUUCAGUUUACAAUGACAGUACUGUUUAUAGAUAGAAAUUUGAUUUCUGAAUACUUUGAGAUUUUAGUAGAUUGGUUUACUAUACACUGUACAUUUUUUUCCACAGAAGAAAUAAAAAGCUGCGAUUACGCAUUAACACUGAGUGAUUAUACUCCUGAGUGUAUAUAUCUAAUAGCCCAAAAAUCAAAGUACUGGACUAUAUUUGCAAUUUGUUUGCAAGUCUUUAAAUUAAGACUUAUACAAAAUGUACUAAAACAAUAAUAAUAAUAUAAUUAAUAAUAACAAUUUUAAAAAUUUCUAAUUUAGGGCUAAUGUGUAACUUAGGAAUGUUUCUUUCAAAAUAAUCUAACAAAUCAGCCAUAGAAGUUAGUGUAAAUAUUUUUUUUCCAAAUAGAUAUCAUAUACAAAAGGUGACAUUCAAAUGAUAUAGAAUCUAGUUUUUAAAUCAGCACAGAUCUUCUUAAAACUGUGAACUAUGUUUUGAAAUACUCGUUACUAAAGCUGUUUAUAAACCACAGGUGCCAUAAGAUCCCUGAACUGACUGAUGUUAUGUAUAAUCUUCCACGGUAUUGUUUCAUUGAUGUUUUAGCUUUAGUAAGCAUGUGUUCAACAAAUCGUCUCUUUCCAUUCCUCUGCCCCUCCGACUCACCCACUCCAUUACGUUAUUUUUGAGGCCUUCAGCUUUAAAUGUAUAGGCUUAAAGUGCGCUUGCAACUGUUCUCUUUUGAUUUCCGAAUGUGUAUUGCCUUAGCCAGCCACCAGAUGUUCUGCAUGCACUCUUGGAAAUGUGUGGUGAGACUCUUUCAGAUCUGGAUGGAGAAUUAGCUAUCAGUGAAAAGCACAAGAGAAGCGGUGGGUUUUCUCGAAAGGACGGGCAUACAGUUACAGAAUUGGAGUUUUGUCCAUUUUUGUAACUCAAGUGUAAAGGUAUUUCAGGAGAAAGGGGACAUAUCCGGCUGUUUGGGAUUAGGAAGUGAGACUGCUAGCUAAGAAGUGUUUGCUCAGCUGUUACUGCGAACCGAGGGACAGUUCUGAACAGGGACGGACACAAAAUAGCUGGAAUAUCCCCCACACAGCGUAUUGCUUGGAAAUAAAGCUUAUACCUGUAUGGCAGGUCACAGACCAUGGCUAGUUCCAGAGCCAUGUCCCUGGAGCCAGCCCACAGACAGCUAGACCAGAAGCAGGGCAGGCAUGUCAACACAAGGCACUGCAUUGGAUGCACAGCCCAAUGGAGAAGCACAGUGCAUUAGCCUGGGACGACCUCUGGGCAGAUAUAAUUUUAUUGCACCGAUACGACAUCGCUGCUUCCAAAGUGAUGCUGUCCAGCAGCCCUGAUAACACUAAUGUUUCAUACAGGUAUUUCACACCAGCACAGUUUGCCUACAGCAGGUGGUCAGUUACCGAUCUGGAGCAGGUGAACAUAGUUUGUCUGUCCUCUCUUUCAUGGUUACGUGGAUGUGUGCUGCCAUAUUUACUUGAGAUUGCUGUGUAGCUCAACUCUGUUCACUUGAUGCUUGCAUGCACUCUCCAGGCUUAUGGCUGUUUCCCUGGGCACAAUGUGUUAGGGGAUGAGUAUCUGCAUGAAAGAGCUGCUGCCAUUUUUCACUUUCAUAUCGCAUUAUUGCUUAUGCAAAUCUUUUAUCCAUACCUCCUUGCAUAUCUGGGCUUGGUCUCAGAUAUCCAAACAGAUUCUGAGGCAUCCAGAUACCCUCAUGUAAACUUUUCACUUCUGCAGCCACUGGUCCUUUCCUUGGGAUAUGUGCUGGCCUGGCAAGGCUGGCCCCAUAUCCUGAUGCCCCUCCUCCAGCCUCCUCUCAGGAAUGGGUGAGCCUCCACUAGUGCCUAGCACUCCACAUUUAGAGCUACUCCAGUGAAACUGUAGAUGUUGAGGUCAGCUCAGGAUUCCAGUCGAACAUUUCCUGAACAGAGAUAGAACAAACAAGUUGGAACACAGCUACGUGCAAUGGCUGACUAAUUCAACCCAUGUCAUGUUUAACUGUACCCAGAGUAGUAGCUCCCUCCCAUCAUCAUGUCUGUGUGAUCAUUAUCACUAUGCUUAAAAUAGACACAAUAGAAUAAAUCUAUCGCAAGAGCUUCCGGACUUGGAGCAAUGAGGGAAGCUGGCGGAUCACAUGUCUCUCUGUCAGGCUGGUGUCAGCAGGGCCAUCCCCAGCAGAGCUCUAGGUCCCUGCCACCCUGGAGCCCCGAGAUGAAGCACCCUUCACUCAGCUCUCCAAACAUCUAUUUUAAGCAUUUCCCAACUGUCAAGCUGGCUACAUAUUCACCCAGCUGGUCUUUGUCUGCUUGUUGAAUAUUAUUUUGAUUGUGGUUUGCGGUCAUUAAAGCAAAUAGAGUUACAGAAGAGGUCUUCGGCGGGGGUCUUUUCUUAGCUCCCAAUGGCCCACCACAGCAGUCAAAACUCUGGGUGGUUUUACUGUCACUGGAGGGAACCAGUGGUUUGGAUUCAGGAGACAGGGAUGUGAAGAUGUAUAGAGUCCUCGAAUGUCCAAAGCGAAGGUGGUGAAUGGGUUGUCUGUAAGUAGUAAUGUUAACUAAACUGCAUAAAAAGGUGUGUGGCCUUUGUUGUGAUAUAAUAUGUAUUUUCUUAUAUGCAUGAGCCAAAUUGUUGCAUCAUGAUUUAUCAUGUGUGUCUGCCUUUACUUUCGGUCAUCUUCUCCCAUCUUUUUUGGUUCUUGGCAAUUACUGUAGAUAGACUUUGUAAAUAUUGCAACCUCAGGUUGCUGUAAUCACGUUGGUUCAAUUCAGCAGACGGAGCUGUGAACAACAAGCACUCCACUGUGUCCUGAAGGCAAAGGGCAUUUUUACCUUUGAACCAAAAACAAAUGUACGAAGAGUUACAUCUUGAGGCUACUAACUGCAAGACAUUUUUAAAGCUACUGUACUUGACACCACUUGAGACAGAUACAGAGACACUAAAGAUGUCACAAUAUUCAUUGGUAUUGUAACAGAACUGCUAUUGUAUGGGUUUUUUGUAUUGCUGUUAAGUAUUGUUUUGUGUGUGUGUGUUGGAACCUACUGGGGACAUGUUAUAUUUUGAAGUGAUUAAACUAUUUAAUUGUGUGUCUAUAUUUUGGAAUGGAAUUAUUUCUUCAUUAAAAAGAUUUUUAAAAGUAA